GUGGCCGCCAUGGCGUCGCCCUUUAGCGGGGCGCUGCAGCUGACGGACCUGGACGACUUCCUCGGGCCGUCCCAGGACUGCGUCAAGCCCGUGAAGGUGGAGAAGGGGCCCGCGGGCGGGGCGGCCAGGAUCCGCAUCGAAGACGACGGCAGCUACUUCCAGGUCGGCCAGGAUGGAGGGGUGCGGAAGCUGGAGAAGGCCCAGGUCUCGCUGGAUGACUGCCUGGCCUGCAGUGGCUGCAUCACCUCGGCAGAGACUGUGCUCGUCACCCAGCAGAGCCACGAGGAGCUGCGGAAGGUUCUGGAAGCUAACAAGGCGGCGGCGCCAGGCCAGCGGAGGCUGGUUGUGGUCUCCAUCUCGCCCCAGUCCAGAGCGUCCCUGGCCGCCAGGUUUCAGCUGGACUCCACGGACACUGCCCGGAAGCUGACAGCGUUCUUUAAAAAGCUAGGGGCCGACCGUGUGCUGGACACCACCUUCGCCAGGAACUUCAGCCUCCUGGAGAGUCAGCGCGAGUUCGUGAGGCGCUUCCGCGGCCAGGCUGGCGCCCAGAAGCCCCUGCCCGUGCUGAGCUCCGCCUGCCCAGGCUGGAUCUGCUACGCCGAGAAGGUCCACGGAAGCGUCCUGGUGCCCCACCUCAGCACCGCCCGCUCCCCGCAGCAGGUCAUGGGUGUGCUGGUCAAGGACUUCCUCGCCCAGCAGCAGCGCGUGAGCCCGGGCGGGAUUUACCACGUGGCAGUGAUGCCGUGCUACGACAAGAAGCUGGAGGCAGCCCGGCCCGACUUCUUCAGCGAGGAACACCAGACCCGGGAGGUGGACUGCGUCGUCACCACAGGAGAGGUCUUCCGGCUGCUGGAGGAGGAAGGGGUGUCCCUGUCGGAGGUGGAGCCGGCCCCCCUGGACACUCUGAGCAGCGGCGCCCACGCCCAGGAGCCCACCGGCCACCGGGGCGGGGGCUCGGGCGGCUACCUGGAGCACGUGUUCCGGCACGCAGCCCGGGAGCUUUUCGGGAUCCACGUGGAUGAGGUCACCUACAGACCCCUGAGGAACAAGGACUUCCAGGAGGUGACACUGGAGCAGGGGGGCCAGGUCCUGCUGCGCUUCGCUGCUGCCUACGGCUUCCGCAACAUCCAGAACCUGGUGCAGAAGCUGCGGCGCGGCCGCUGCCCCUACCACUACGUGGAGGUCAUGGCCUGCCCAGCAGGCUGCCUGAAUGGCGGGGGCCAGCUGAAGGCCCCCGACGGCCGGGGCAAGGAGCUGCUGCAGCGUGUGGAGGGGCUGUACGGCGCGGUCAGCACGGAGGCGCCCGAGGACGCGGCCGGUGUGCGGGAGCUGUACGAGGACUGGCUGCAGGGCGAGGGCUCGGAGCGCGCCGGCCGCCUGUUGCACACAGCCUACCGUGCGGUGCCUGCGGCCAGCCCCGGCCUCAGCCUCCGGUGGUAGCCGCCUCGGGCGCAGGCCGGCAGGAAGUCGGGCCCUGAGACCCCAGGGCUGGCCACAGAGGUGCCAGCCAAGACACAGGGACACAGACACUCUGGCCGGGCCUCCCUGACUCACCAGCGGGGCUGGGCCUAGUGAGGCCCGUCCCCCCCAUGCCACGGGCCCCAGCGCGCCGCUUCCUGGGAACUUAGAGCGUGGGGUCGGGGGACAGCGCCAGCUUCAGGAUCCCGGGAGCAGCAGCAUGGCGGUGGCAGCAGAGGCCUGUGCUGGGCACCCACCACGUUGGCACCGCCCCCACCUGGACCUGCGUCUAUCAUGGCCUGAAUCUGCGUGCUUGGGCUGGGCUGGCCAGCGCCAGGCCUUGGCCCCUCCCUCAGGGCCUGUCCCCCAGCCCUGCUGCUAUAAAGGAUUUCUACAUCGCCCCCACUGGCUCCUUGUGCGGCACCGAGACCGGCCCUGCCAGCUUUAUGUCCAGUCUGCCGGGGACCGCAGGCACCCAGGGGCCGUGUACAGGGCAGGCAGUGCCAGGUGCUCACUUUCCAGCCAGAGAGGGCUGGCCCUGUGGGUGCUGGGGGGGUCACUCAAGUCCUGCUGCAGUGUGAGGAGGGCCUGGGCCUGCGCUGCCCGGCACCCCGAUUGGUCCACCGUCCUGGUGGCUUCGCCCCAGGUGGACGCCUGAUGGAGUCAUCCUCCUGUCGUGCAGCUGGGGCGCCUGUGGGCCUUGGAGAGCUGGGCAGCUGGCUGGGCUCAGUCAUAGCCUGGACCUGGGAGCCCUGUGACCAUCUGCAUCUGCCCAGACCCAUCAAGUGGCGCCGACCGGCGCAGCGGUGGGUUAGCAAGGCUGACCCAGGGAUGAGAGACUGAGCUAGGCGGUCAAGGAUUCGGCGCAGAAAUGACAGACAGACACACUUCAAGAGUGAAGAUCUGAAUGUGAUGUGCUCAAAAUCACCAUACACUUUCAUUCCUUUUCUAACAAGGGAUGAUUUCAUACAAGUUCAUUUUUUCUCAGCAUGAGAUGUUUAGUCACACGCAAGACAUUUGCUUCAUCAUUCAGGGACACGCGAUCGACGUGCCAUGGCGUGGAAGGCUAAACAAUCGCAAGGUUCCGAUUAGAGGAAUCUAUUUCUACACAGUUAUUUCUGAUUAUACAGAACAGCAUUUCUCAAGUUAGUUUUUCUUGUUUCUUUCCCAAUACCGCUCAUAAUCAGAAAGUAUUAAUAUUUAACUACUGUUGUAUUUUACAUUUAACGAUCACGAACAGUAUUUUUUCUAUGUAAGCAUUUAAUUUUUGUGGUUUUGACUCAUGUGAGAAGCAUGAUGAUUAUUCCGAAACUACUUUUACCACACACUGUUUUCUUCAUCCUGCGUUUCCUGAAACUGAUUUUACACAUCUAUAGAAAAAGUCAAGUAGGUAAGAAAAGGGUGUGAUUACAGACUGGUUGCUAUGUUGCUGCUUCUGCAGGAACAAUGACCAACUGGUUAAUAGUUAAACCGUUUUGUUGGUGACGCCAUCAGGCUGGUUUGUAGGCGACGCACGGUCUCAGCCAAAAGAAGGGGUUUUUCACUGCGGGCUUAAUGCCUGAAUUAGGCUUACAGGCCUUUAGCCAUUUCUCUGAUUUGAGCGCCAAAGAUUGCUAACCUACCUUCAUCAUGAUGAAGCCCCUCGGGGACUGCGCCUGUCUUAGGUCGUCAGGAGUCGCAGACGUGAGGCUGGCCAGUGCCUGCUGUAGUCCGCCCCGAUCUUACCCGUCAUUGACUGUCCAGUCCAGCGCACAGGGGAAGGGGGUCUUAUUCACUCGGAUGGACUAUGUGUCUCAGUGAAGGCCUCCCUCUUUCCAGCAAGGUCACUGGCGUUCAGCGGCAGGGGCUGCCGCAAUCAAG